CAGUAAUUUACAAUUUUCCAUCGACAGUCCGAUUUGGGCAACGGCAUUACUCAGAUAUGUUUAAUAACAAUAGCUGAUCAUGCUAGCUAGUAGUAGGUAACAGUCAAUGAACUGGUUGAAGAAUUUGCUAAUUAGCUACCUAGCUAGUUAGAUAGCCCGCGGCUGGCUAAGAUUAGCUAAAACUAGAAGAGCCGUUCCUAGGUAAAUUAUUGUAAGUCCAACAUGUCUAUUGUGGUUCUCACCUUUAACAACUGCUUUAACAACGUCCUCCUGCUUCUGGGAUCGGAACUUAUCGAACCCAAAAUGGGUUUUUAACGCCUUUUUAAUGGAAGUCAUCUCUUAUCCAGAAAAACGUCCAACUUGACAACAAACUUCAUUCUCUAGUCGUCGCGUAUCGAUGACAUCAUACCAGUCGGCACAUAAUAAGGAAGCCAUAUUUUAACUAGUGAAUGUCUUUAAACAUAUUUUAUCUACGGUUCUCUUUUAAAUAUAAAUGUUUAUGUAAAGUCAAAUGACCGAAACAGAUCUGUUUAUAUUUUGUGCAAAAAAAAAACAUUAAACGCACACAACUGAUUAGAUUCAUCAUCCAUGGGUACACGCCUUUGUUUUCCUGGCCAAUGAGAGUCGAAUGCGCUGUGAUUAGCACCUGAUUAGCACGACCCAGACCAGGACAGAUUUUAAUGCUAGAAUUGUUUUUGUUGUCUCGAUCUGUGAGGUGAGUCUCCGUUUGAGUUCUGGUUGAAUUUGGUGACCUCCAUAGACCACUUUAUCAACACCCAAACCAAAACACUGACACAAUCGAAACCCCUGAUUUAUGUAUCAAUAAAGCAGGGAGAGAAUAGGCAUAGGAUUGCAGAAUAUUAAAAGGAGGUUAACUCCACUCCACUUCAUCGCCAUGGAUCGCUCCCGUUCACCCUCUGUUUCUGACACUGUCUGUGUGCUCUGGGGCUGUGAGCUGAAUGACACCCAGAGAAAGGCAGUGUUUGAAAUAGCGGAGGAUUUGUUGGAGCAUCAGUUCUUUAUCCGAACGAUGUGUCUGAGUGCAGAGGCCAGUAAGGAGAUGCAUGUGGUGGAGGUACAGGACAGAGUUGGGGAAUGCUGCAAGCCAGUGCCCAUUGCCACACUUCACCCUAUGUGCCAACCUAUGGUCAGUUUCAGUGGGUUUGAGCUCAUCCCACCUGUCAUCUUCAACCUUCGCUCUGGGCAGGGCCCCCUCUUCAUUUCUGGACAGCAUUUGACAUUGGUCUAUGAGGAGGAGGAGGAGGAGAAGGAGGAGGAGAAGGAGGGUCUUCUAAUCAACACCCCCACUUGAUCACAGUGGUCUUCAAUAACAUGAUCCCAUUUGAAGGACUUCAAUAAAACACAGCACUAAAAGUAGAA